UUAAAAUUUUUGCACACAGAUAGAAAAGAAAUUUAUGAUUUAAAGAUCAGUGCUUGUUGUUUAUUUACAUAUUUUUAUAAAAAAUAACGUUUGAGAGAAAGGAAGUGAAAUUUUCUAUAUCAACACGCAACUAGUGCCCGAAAAAAAAAUAUAUCAAAUUUUAAAUCAGUGAAAAUAAUCUAAUUUUAUCAAUAUGAUUCACGUUGGCGAUAACACUUGGAAUUUACGUGUGCUGAUCACGGAUUUGCAAGUUGAAAAGACACUGCGUGUCAAAGGAGAUUUGCACAUUGGUGGCGUUAUGCUUAAAUUGUCUAAAACUGAAGCAAAUCCAAAAGAUUGGUCAGAUCAUGCAUUGUGGUGGCCUGCUAGAAAUAUUUGGCUCACAAGAACACGCUCGACACUCGAUCAAGUUGGUCUUCAUGCUGAUGCACUUCUCCACUUCACACCUAUGCACAAAAUUCUUAGAGUUCAGAUCCCAGAUCUUCGUUACAUUGAUUGCCGUGUUGAUUUCUCAGUCAAAACAUUCAGAGCUGUUGUAAAUUUAUGUAAAGAUUUGGGCAUUCGGUACCCAGAAGAAUUAUCACUUUGCAAGCCAUUGUCACCAGAACAUUUGAAGAGGAAUUAUGCAGAUCAGCCAAAAAAGAAAUUGAACGUGGAACAGAAUGGAAAUUAUCAAAACAAUCAAUAUAUCAAUCCAGCACCAGAUACAAAUACAUUCAUCCCACAUCAUUCAAAUAGCUUUCAUGGAAGUGAUAAUAGUUUAGAUGAUCGUCCAUUCUCAUGUGCACCAGUUGCACAGCGACCAACUCCACCUCCACAUAAUACAACGCUUGGUGGAACUCCAAUAAGCUCACCAACAGGAACAUUACGUCACCAUUCAAAUGGUUUUAAUCACACAAAUUUCAAUGAUUCAUCAUCUAGUCUUGGAGAUUUCAUUGAGAACUUGGCAUACAGUCCACGUGCGCCAAGUCCCGAAGCCAUAUCAAAGCUUGUUCGACCAAAAUCACUUGUUGAACGAGCCCGAAUGAAUGUUGGAUGGUUGGAUUCAUCAUUGUCUAUUAUGGAGCAGGGUAUUCGUGAGUUCGACACGUUAUGCCUUCGCUUCAAAUAUUUCUCAUUCUUUGACAUCAAUCCAAAGUAUGAUCAAGUGAGAAUCAAUCAGCUUUACGAACAAGCUAAAUGGACGUUGUUGAACGAAGAAUUAGAUUGCACAGAAGAGGAAAUGUUGAUGUUUAGUGCAUUACAAUUGCAAAUUAAUAUACAGAACGACCAACCACAACCAGAUUCUGGAAUUGAUACAUCAAGUCUAGAGAAAGAAGGUGAUGACGAUAUCGAUGCUGCAUUAAGUGAAUUGCAAAUUACAUUACAAGGUCCACAGAAUGGAACAAAGAAUGGAGAUAUCAUGAAUAUACCAGAAUUGAAUGAUUACUUGCGAUUCUUCAAACCCAAAAAGUUCACAUUGAAGGCCUAUAAACGUUACUGGUUCACAUACAAAGAUUUGCAUCUAUAUCUAUACAAAAGUCGCGAAGAAAGUAGAAGCAGUGCACCACCAGCAGUGUCUAUUAAUCUAAGAGGAUGUGAAGUAACACCAGAAGUGAAUUUAGCACAAGGAAAAUUCCACAUUAAAUUGGAAGUUCCUCCAGAAUAUGGAAAUGGACCAAAUAGCGAAGUGUGGAUUCGAUGUGAUAAUGAAGAGCAAUAUGCAAAAUGGAUGGCUGCAUGUCGUUUAGCUGCAAAGGGACGUUCACUUGCCGACAGUUCAUAUGAGAGUGAAGUAUCAAGUAUUCGAUCGUUCCUAAGUAUGCAAAAACCAGCACAGGCACCAACUGUUAAUAUUAAUCCAAACAAUAUUGAUUCAAACGAGUAUUUGGCACCACGUUUUGUUAAGAAAUUGAAGGGAAAGGCAGCACACCGAAUGUUAGACGCUCAUGCAAAUGUUAAAGAUUUGUCACUGAUUGAUGCCAAACUAAACUACAUAAAGGCAUGGCAGAGCUUGCCCGAAUAUGGCGUUUCACUGUUUGUCAUCAAGUUCGAUGGACACAAAAAGGCAUGUCUUCUUGGCAUUGCAAAUAAUAGAAUUAUGCAAAUGGAUAUGGCAUCAGGGGAUCACAUCAAAACAUGGCGAUAUAACUCAAUGAAGGCGUGGAAUGUGAAUUGGGAGGUGAAGCACAUGAUGAUCCAGUUCGAGGGCGAAAACACAGUAUUUUCAUGCUUGUCAUCAGAUUGCAAGGUGGUGCACGAGUUUAUUGGCGGUUACAUUUUCAUGUCAAUGCGCUCAAAAGAGAACAAUCAAACGCUUAAUGAGGAGAUGUUCCACAAAUUAACUGGUGGAUGGAAUUAAUUUAAUAAAAUAAAAUUCUUAUUUUAAGUUUUAUUAUUUUUUUGGUUUUUAUUUGAAAAAAAGAAGCGAUUGAUAAUCUAAAACUUUUUAUUGAUGGACUAUAUGUUAAUAAUAAAUGAAAUUGCGACACGGUUUUGCCUUAAGCACAUAUACAAGAGAAAAAUAAUUAAUAUUGUAAAUAAUAAAAAAAAAUUGUUGAAAACAUUUUUCUUCUACGAACAAUAACUGAAUUGAAAGAUAAAGCCAAAAUGUGUCUUAAAAGCCUUUUCACACAUGAAUAUUAAUCAACCUACUUAACAAAAUUUUUACAAUUUUCUCCGGAAUUGAAAUUGUUUGAAUGUUUAAAAACCGUACAAAUUAUUUUCAAAUAGGUCGUUUUGGAAACUUAAAACAGCCUGUAAAUUAAACAUUUGAGAGGUUUUCUACGAAAAAGAAUUCAAAACAAUACAACAGUCAAAAAAUUAUCAAAACAUUUGAGAGGUUUCCAAACAUAACUGAAACCAUACAACAGCUUAUCAAAAUAUCAAUCAAUUAUACGGUUUUCAAACACAAUUUUGAACUAUUUCAAUUCCCAAAACCCCUUUAAGAUAAAAAUAAUAAAUCAAACAAUUUUUGAAGCCAUUUUCUAGCUAAAAGCUAACCGAAAUAAAUGUUAAAUUAAUUAAAGAUAAAGAAAAAUCACCUUUUAGAAAGAUUUAUUUUAUGCUAAUUUAUGAAUCAUAUAUAUUAAUGUAUUUUACUGUAAAUUUGUA